AUGCUGUUUUCAUCAUGUGGAUUCACUAGAGAAAUGACCACCUUUGAUCAACCAAGUAAAAUCAAAAACUUGUUUAUUUGCUGCCUGUGCCCCUCACGGGUGCUGAGGCUCUGGACUUGCAGGCGCCCAAGGACAAGGAGGAAUCUGCUGGCGGGCACUGCAUGUGUGAUCUACCUGGGAUUCCUCGUCAGUCAAGUGGGUCACGUUUUACCCCAGCACAAAGGAGGACACCGAAAGAUCAGUUCCAGAAGUCUCCAAGAUGCAGCCCAAACUCCUUUUCUGGGCAUCCCACUGGAUGGCACCCUGUCACCACCCAAUUUCCAGGAACCCCAGGUUGGCAGCAAUGGGACCUUACUGCCACCCAAUGUAGUUUACAUCACCCUGCGGUCUAAGCGCAGCAAGCCUGCCAAUAUCCGAGGCACGGUGAAGCCAAAGCGCAGGAAGAAACAUGCAACUCCUUUGUCCUACGGGCAGCACUUUCCAAAAGCUGCUUUUGUGGGCCGAGAAGAUGCCUUUGCCCAACAGCCAGGGAGGGCCACACAUGCUGCAGGCACAAUGGGAGCAGCAGUAGCUCUGGAGGCCAGAAGACACCAGCUGGAUGGACACAGGCAUAGAGGAAUGGUAAUCAGGGAGCCUGGUCACCAGAGACCAAGGGGGAUUUCUGGAGCUAUAAAGGCACAGCCCCAGCCUGAGGAAAGCAAUAUCAGGAUUUACAGCGAGAGCUCUCCCUCUUGGCUGAGCAAAGACGACAUCCUAAACAUGCGCAUGCUGGCAGAUUCUCAGAUAGAGAGCAUCCAAGAAGUGCCUUCUCACAAAGCAGUCCUGGUAGUAUUUGCAAGAGGUCCCAGCACGACAGGAACUUCUUGUAAUCAGGGGUACUGUGGCGUCGUCAAAAGACCCCUCGACAUGAGUGAGGUGUUUGCCUUUCAUUUGGACAGGAUCUUGGGGCUAAACAGGAGCUUACCUUCUGUAAGCAGGAGAUCAGAGUUCUUCCAAGAUGGUCAAGCCUGUCCUGUUAUUCUCUGGGAUUCCUCACUGAGUCCAACAGAUAAUAGUACCCAUUCUUCAGUGAGAUUAACCUGGGGGCAAUAUCAGCAGCUAUUGAAGCAGAAAUGCUGGCAGAACGGUAAAGUUCCCAAAGCUGAGUGGGGCUGUACUGAAAUCCAUCAUCAUGAGUGGUCCAAGAUGGCACUCUUUGAUUUUCUUCUGCAGAUCUAUAAUCGACUAGACAGAAACUGCUGUGGAUUCAAACCUCUCAAGGAGGAUUCCUGUGUGCAGCAAGGACUGAAGUUGCAAUGUAGUGAUCAGGAUGCUGUUGACCUGACACACAUAGUUCAGAGAAGGCAUGACCGAAGGCACUUGGCCUUUAUAGACAAUAAGGGUUUCUUUGACAGGAACGAGGACAAUCUUGACUUCAAAAUACUACAAGGAAUCAAUGAAUUCCCUGAAUCUGCAGUUUCAGUGCUGAGGAGCCAGCGUUUACGUGAGAAGUUGCUUCAGUCUUUGUUCCUUGACAAAAUAUACUGGGAGAGCCAAGGAGGCAGAAAAGGAAUUGAAAAGCUUAUUGAUGUAAUAGAAAGGAGGUCCAAAAUUCUUCUUACUUAUAUAAAUGCACAUGGAGCCAAAGUAUCGCCCAUGAAUGAAUGAAGCAGUCUUGUUUCUAUCUGAGAGACAGUCUUUAGAAAAAUUUGUAUGAGGCAAAAGCUAACAGUAAAAUUGAUUUAAUUCAUAAGCUUAUUUGAUUUUUAUUUUUUCCAGGCUUUAAAGUUUAUUCUAAAAUAGGAAAUCUUACAUGG